UUUGGUGAUUUUUUUGAAAAACCACACUGUUGCAAGCAUCAUGGUUCAUUUAUUCAGUUUCUGAUAUCAACCCACAUUCCAUUUCAGAUCACCUUCUACGAGGAGAGGAACUUCGGCGGUCGCUCCUAUGACAGCAGCAGCGACUGUGCCGACCUCACAUCCUACAUGAGCCACUGCUACUCCUGCAGGGUUCACAGUGGCUGCUUCAUGGUCUAUGACCGCGCCAAUUACAUGGGGAACCAGUACUUUCUGAGGAGGGGAGAGUACCCCGACUGUAGGAGCAUGGGCAUGAGUGACUUCUUCAGAUCCUGCCGAAUGAUUCCCAUGGUAUUCAUUUGUUAUGCUGGUGGAACCUUUUUUCCUCUGCCGUUUGCAAAGAAAUUCUGUAUUUAUGCAUCUAAAAUCUCUGCACACAUUUAUUCUCCUUUAAUUUUAAAAUUAAAAAAGGGUUUUAGGUAUUCAUCAGUGUUCAACAGAAUUCCCUUUUCCUCUACACAGUACAGGGGAUCCUACAGAAUGAGGAUCUACGAGAGGGAGAACUUUGGAGGUCAGAUGUAUGAGCUGAUGGACGACUGCGACAAUAUCAUGGAUCGCUACCGCAUGUCCAACUGCAUGUCCUGCCACGUGAUGGAUGGCCACUGGCUCAUGUAUGAGCAGCCCCACUAUAGAGGAAGGAUGAUGUACUUCUGGCCUGGGGAGUACAGGAACUUCAGCAGCAUGGGAUGGGGCAGUGGCAUGAGGUUCAUGUCUAUGAGACGUAUCAUGGAUUCUUGGUAUUAAAAUUAAUAAUUUAAUAAAUUAAAUACAUUAAAAAAAGGCUCUGAAAAUUUGUUAAAUGUAGCAGUGUGAUCAAAGUUCUAAAAAUGUGCAAUGUACUUUUCAUUACAUGUAUAUUUAUUAUUAACCUACCACACUAACCUCACCCCACCCCCCAAAUGUGAAUACACGCUUCCUCAUACUGUCCUCCAGCAGCCCAGUAGCCAGGCACACAAUUUCACUUCUAGUACUUCAUUAGUAGAAUACACUAGCUAUAAAA